AAUGGCCGCCUCCAGUAACCUGAGCAGUAAGCUGUCGACAUUGGAAGUGAGCAAUGCUAUUAGCCGACUGACUGUGGAAGAAACGAGAGAGCUAGUGUUCCAAAUGGGCGUACCUCUCAAGGUCAUUGAUGAUAUUGCUGAGGCAUACAAAGGGAAAAAUCGAAAGCACCACUUUGUGCAGGGGUGGCUAGAUAUGACCCCUGAUAGCAGCUGGGACAAGCUGGUUGCUGGGCUGAGGAACAUCAAUAUGAACUCCUUGGCAACUGCGAUUGAGUCUGAGCAUCACCCAAAAGCGCUAUCGACAUGCGAUCCCUCCCUUCCCAAGCCUGCUGCUAUCCCUGUUUCCAUUACAUCGCCACAUGCUAAUAGUGUAGAAGAAGUUGAGGCAAAUAUAGAGCAUUUGGAGAAAGAAUUUUCCGACAUCAAGUUCAAAACCAGGCAAUCGUUAACGAAAAAGGAGAAAGAAGAUUCCGAUUUUUUUGAAAUGUUCCGAGAGCACCUUCUAGAGUUACCUGUUGCAAAGAAGCAAGUUCAUAUUCGAUUCUUCAGCAGAAACCUGGACGAAAUCCUUAAAGCUGAGAACAUUCAAAAGCUUUUUAUUAUCCUAGGUCGCCACUGCAACUACUCCAACUAUGAGAUUAUCUUCCACGUUGUCAAGAGAUUCUGUCAUGAUCUGAAGGGAAGAAUGACUGGUUAUCGUGACUCUCUCGUCGCUUUUGAAAAGUCAACAACAGUCGAUGUGUACCUAUGUGCCAUUUCCGCUCGUCCUGGUGGUGAAGUUAGCAAAGGAUUCAUCCGCAUGACCACGAAGAUCAACAAGCCACCUUCAGAGUGCUCGCUUUAUGUAAUCCGAGAGUUGAAGGAGUCCAUCGAGGAGGCGGCAUCUCUGGAGUCCUAUGCCAUGUACAUUGAAACCCCAGAGGAGGGCUCUGUAUGUGUAGGGUUGCGUGUUCACAAGGAGGUUGUUUGGAUGGUGGGUGUGGCCUUCACUCCUAGCUUCAGACAAAUACAUCUUGUGACAGAUGUCACUGUUAUCCGUAGUGAGUUAUGGCAUGAAGAUCUCUCAAAGUACCUGAAAGAUGAAUUGAUAUCUGCCUCUGAGAGAGGAGACGUGAAAGUAGUGACUUCACUGAUCACAGCUGGAGUUGAUGUGAAUGUCAAAAACUCGUGGCCUGGAAACUGUGCAAUAACAUCUGCUGCCAGGGAAGGUCGGACUGAAGUUGUUUCACUGCUACUAGAGGCUGGAGCUAACAUUGAUCUACAGAAUAAGGUAAAGUGAAGAUAAUGACAGUGACAUACUAGGAGGUGU